AAUAUCAAAUACAACCAAAGAUGGCGUCCUAUAUCAUCGGAGCGUUGUCAAAGAAGGUGUUGAAGGAGUCUGCAGAAAACCACUUCGGCAAGGAGGAUCCAUACUUUGAGAGCGUACCUGCCACGAACAUGUUUGGCCAGCAGAAGGUCAAAAAGCGUCGGAAGGCUGCUCCUGAAGGCAUCUCGUCCCACGAUGCAAAAGUCCUUACAAAGGUAAAAAGACGAGCAUACAGACUGGACCUCUCCCUAUGCAACUUUUGCGGGAUACGGUUUGGAUGGGGGAGUGUUAUUGGCCUAGUACCAGCAUUUGGAGAUGCUGUUGACGCCCUCUUUGCCCUGAUGGUGGUUAUGACAUGCAGACAGGUCGAGGGCGGUCUUCCCACGAAUAUUCAGAUGCAGAUGGUUUUCAACGUCGUUUUCGAUUUUGUCCUCGGCUUAGUCCCCUUUUUGGGUGAUCUCGCAGAUGCUCUUUAUAAGUGCAAUACCCGAAACGCAGUGUUGCUAGAACGCUAUCUCAAAGAAAAAGGGCAAAAUAACUUGGCACGUCUGGAAGAGGGAAGCCAGGCGGCCGUUAGUUCAAGCGGUCGUAGACCGUCGGCACGUCGCAAUAACACCGAGCCAGUCAUGUAUCACGACGAACCUCGGAGGCCGUCACCAGCAAGAUUGCCUAGGGAGAAUCGGCGAUCAAACACGUCAAGAUCACACCGUCGGUAG